AUGGGACGCAAGGCCAAAGGGAAACAUCGCUUAGAUAAGUACUACUACCUCGCGAAAGAACAAGGGUUCCGAAGCCGAGCGGCGUUUAAGUUGGUGCAGUUGAAUCGCAAGUAUGACUUUUUGUCAAAGGCGCGGGCGUGCAUGGACCUGUGCGCGGCGCCGGGUGGAUGGCUUCAGGUGGCGCAGAAGUACAUGCCGAUGAAUAGCUUGAUCGUUGGGGUGGAUUUAGCGCCGAUUCGACCGAUACGAGGGGUGACGACGUUCGUGGAGGAUAUCACGACGCAGAGCUGUCGAGCGGCGCUGCGGCGGGCGACGCCAAAGGGGACGCAAUACGACGUGGUGAUUCACGACGGCGCGCCGAACGUCGGUGGGAACUUUGCGAAGGAAUCGUACACGCAGGCGGCGUUGACUUUGGAUUCCUUGCGAUUGGCGACCGAAUUUUUGGGGCAGGGUGGGUGGUUCGUGACAAAGGUUUUCAGGUCGGUGGAGUAUCACGCCCUGCUGUACGCGUGUCGACAAUUGUUCAAAAAGGUGGAAUCGACGAAACCCGUGGCGUCUCGUGGAACGUCGGCGGAGAUUUACGUCGUGUGUAGCGGGUACCUGGCGCCGACGAAGAUCGAUCCGAGGCUUUUAGACGCGAAACACUUGUUCGCCGAAUACGAGGACGAGGCGAAAGCCGUCGACGUCACAAAGGAUGGUAAACGUAAACGCAAUCGUAGCGGAUACGAGGAUGGCGUCUCGACCCUUUACAAGGAGUGCACGGCCGAAGAGUUCAUCGUGCAAGACAAGCCGGGAGAGAUGCUCGGAUUGUAUCAUACGUUCAUUCUGGACGGCGAGAGUCGAAAAGGAUUGGAACCACCCGAGGAGGUGGGUUGGAUGAAUCUCGAUAGCCAUCCAGCGACGACGGAUGAGAUUCGAUCGCUCGUGAGUGACCUCGGGGUUCUGGGUAAGGCUGAUUUUAAGCUCUUACUCAAGUGGAGAACGCAGAUUAGGAAAGAGACUGGAUUGGAGAAGAAAUUACGACGACGCGGCGAGGACGAGGAAAGCGACUCCUCCGAUGAAUCCUCGGGCGGCGAGGAGGAGGCCGGUGAUAGCGAUGACGACGAAGAGAACGAUCAGCUGCUGAACGAGAUGGGUGAGCUGAAGGCUUCGAUGGAGGCCCAGAGGAGAAGAGAGAAGAAGAGGAAGGCGAAAAUCAAGGCAAAGGAACGGCUCCGCGUCGCGCGAGGCUUGGCGAGUACCGCCGAGGCGAUCACGGAGACGGAAAUGGACCUAUUCUCCCUCGCACGCAUCAAGACGAAGAAAGAUCUCGAUGUCGUCUCUAAGGCGCCCACGCCGGGCAUCGAUGCUGCGCGAGACAGCGACGAGGAACCGGAUGAGAUGGACUCGGACGCGAGCUCUGACUCGGAGGAGGACGAGCGACGAUUAGACAAGGAGGUGGACGAGAUGUGGGCGAUGUACAAGGCACGUCGAUCGAAGAAGGGUGAGAAGUUCACCGAACCUAGCGUGGGUAGAGACAAACGCGUUCAGCUCGGCGCGGGGGAGUUGGACUCGGACGAUUCUGACGAGGACGGCGUUAGCGACCCUGCUGACGAUGAGUUCAAAUCCGACAGCGACGAGCUCGAAUGGGAAGACGACGAGGACGAUGAAGUCGAUGAAAAACCCAAGGGCAAAAAGUCCAAAGCGAAAGAUUCGAAUCCUUUACUGGUCGACCUCGGCUCUAAACCGAAGAAAAAUGCGGCCAAGGCGGCUGAAAUGUGGUUCGCCAACGAUUUGUUUUCGAGUGGCGAAAAGAAGACCACCGCGUCGACGGCGGCUGAUUUAGAUAGCGACGACGACGAAGAGGAGCCACCGAAAGCAAAACCCAUAACGAACAAAAAGAAGAAGGCGGCGAAGACCAAGGCGGCGGUUGAAGACGCCGAAGAGGAAAACUUUGACGAUCUUCGCGCCAAGGCAAAGGCGACCAAGGCUAAGGAGGAAGCCAAGACGAAAAAGAGCAAGGUCGCCAAGGGAUCUGUCAAGCGAGACGAUACGUACGACGACGUCUCCGACGAUGAGCGUCCUCUUAAAGGGAAAUCUGGCGCGGACGAUCUGGAGGUUGUCCCCGAAGAUGCGCCCGAUUCGGGGAGCGACUCUGACGGGAGCAAGUACGGUUACGAUUCCGAAGUCGACGAGCUUUCUGACGACACUCGCGCCCGGAUCUUGGCUCUCGGGAAGAAGAUGGUCCGCAAGAAGGACCGCGAGGAGCUCAUCGAUGAUGCGUACAACAGAUACGCCUUUGAUGAUGAUGACGUCCCCGAUUGGUUCGCCGAGGACGAGCGGCGCUUCAUGAAGCCGAUUCCGCAGUGGACCGCAGCAGACAUGGCCGAAGCUAAGGCGCAGCUCGCCGCCGUGAACACGCGUCCGAUCAAAAAGGUGGCCGAAGCGAAGUGGCGCAAAAAGAAGCGCGCUGAGGCAAAGAUCUCCCAGGCGCGCGUUCGCGCCGCCGCCAUCGUCGAUCAAGAAGACUUGCCCGACGUGAGCAAGGCAAAGGAAAUCGAGCGCGUCUUCGCCAAGGCUCGCAGAUCCAUCGGUAAGGCUAAGAGCGGGAAGGGCACACCGAAAAAAGUUGUCGUCGCUCGUAAAUUCCACCGCGGUAACGCCGGUGGUCCGUCCGUGGAUAAGCGUCAGCUCAACGAUUUGCGCGCGCAGAAGCGCGCGAUGAAAAAGAGCGGCGGCGGCCGCGGCGGCGGUCGCGGCAAAGCUGGCGGUCGUGGCAAAGCCGGCGGUCGCGGCAAGGGUGGCAAGCGCUAG